AUGGAGUGGUUUAUGGGAAGUAUUCCGGAGGCUAUAGGGAAAUCCAGACAGAACGGAUUACUAUUUAUUGUUUACAUUGAAGGUAAGUCUCACCCAACAUGAAUGAAUCAUGGUCAUAUUGAAGAAGUCGACUUAUUUUGGAUUACACCAACCUUAUUUUAGCUUAAAUUGUAUUUUGUAGUUUUUUUUCUCUUUUCGAUGGUAAUUAUACUCAGUGAUUCACAAAGCAACUUACCUGAAUCAUUCAUAUCUGAUUAUAUAAAAAGUGAAAAUAAUAUAAGUGAGCUUAUUAAUAAGUACAAUUUGUUGCAAUAGAGAGGACAAGUGUUACAUUACCAUGGGAGCAAAUUAAAGGGAGCUUAAGCAAAACUUGAACAGCCAAAAAGCAAUAGGUUUAGAUUAGCAAAAUAACAACUUUGCACAUACAUUGCGCUUAAAUGUACAUUUCUUUGCUGUCGUUGCACAACUGCAACAUGAAACUUCCUAAUUUCACACACCCGCCCGACUGAGGUGGAUGUGGUCUUAAGUAACACAUAGCACAAGGAGCUCUGAAUUUUCGUGCAUGGAAAUCUUUGUCUGUAGGAAUGGCUACGUGUGCAAGGACCUGCACUGAUGUUGUGGUAAAAAUAUUCAGAGAUGCCAACCGCUGGAGAUCUAAAACCAGGAGACUUUGACCUGUUUCUUUGGUAGUACAACAAACCCCCCACUUACAAAAGAUACAAAACCCUUUACUCUUCCAAGAUUUCCAUGGUUAUUUCCUUAAGUCCUUGAAAACGCUCCAAAAUGGCUUUAAUUUCUUCCAUUUCCUGUUGACUUUUUAUUUCACUGCCAGCAAUGCAGGUGGCUAAUUUGUUCAGUUGUCUUGUUUUCAUCGCUUUCAACUUACGUGUUCCAGUUUUCAAGUUUUUUCCUUUCAUUAAAGAGUCCCCAGCUGAAUUUCUUUUAUCUGGCAUCUUUACACUGAUUUUUCACUCAAAAUCCACAAAAUUUCCUCAGAUAAAUACUUGUCACUUUGCCAAAAAAAGCAUAACAACAAAGGCAAUUGCAACAAGCCACAAACCUGAUCCAAAGUUGACUUAAAAACAGUUUUUCCCUCUAACAUUCCAGCUUCUAAACUGAUCAUUUCAUUGCAGGUGACAAUGACGCAACGCAAAAAAUGAAUUCAGUAUGGUCUGAUCCUAAGGUGUGUAAAACAGAUCUCUUUUUAACCACUUCUUCUUUGGUUCCAGCCUGCUACUCCCAGCAGGUAGCAUGUAUGCUACCCAAACCUCCUAGGUCCAGCCAGUGGGGGGGUGGUGGGAUACAAAUACAUCUGAUUUUUUUUGUCCUGAAAAAUUUAAAUACCAACCUGCUUAAUGGUUGAUUCUUAAUAUUUAAAUUCAUAUGCUUAUGCAGAGUACUGUAUACCUGAAAUUUUGGCAACAAAUUACUGUUUACCAGGGUAAAAAUGCCUAAGAUACUGUAAUACCCAAAAAAUACAUCAAUAUCCAAACCCUCUGGCAUUUCAGAUGAUAAAAAAAGAAUUUCGUGAUAUAAUAAUAUUAUUCUGUUAUGACAUUUGCAUGCUCACAAUCUUUGCACAAAGAUUCCUGCUAAUGGCAAUAGUUGAUGAACCAUACAUGAAAAAGUUGAAAGUGCCUGUGGCAGCUAAGAUAUUCUACAAUCUCGUGUCAUUUUUUUGUUUUUUAAUUGUGACACAUGCAGAUUUGCAGUUGCUACACAAAUAAGCAUGACUGCUACAUUUAGCCUAGUGAAAACAGCCAAAUUUUCACUGGUUUCCCUGCAAAAUGACAUCUGUUGAAGGAAUGCAGAAUUUCCAUACUGAUUACAUAUCACAGUUCUGGCUAGUGCUUCUGGUUAGUUGAAGCAAUUUUCAACCAAUUAGAAACACUACUCAGUUCUUGACAUUAGCACAUCAUCAGUGUGGAAUUUCUGGGUUCAUUCCUCAGAUAUCACUUUGCAGGGAAAAUACUGGCCUGGUGGCAUGGCAAAAAGUCAGCUGUUUUCUCAGGCUUUGUUACUGUGGGAAUGUUUAGUUUAGAUAAGGACAUGGCUGUUGAUGGACAUUUGGUAAGUUGUCACUUGUCACGUUAACAGAAACCUAGGGCCCUUUAAAAUAUUGGAUGCUCUCAUUUAGGACAUAGAAUACUUGAAAUAAUGAGGAUGUGUUCAGGUUGAGUGAGUGAGUGAUUGUGUUGUUGGGUGAGUGAGGAAGUGAGUGGGUGGAUGGGUCAGUGAGUGAGUGCCACCUUUGUAUAUUUUAGUGCCUCUUAAGAACAUAGUGGAUAUGCUAUGAGUAUCCAUGAGUUAAUAAUGGAGCAAUUAUUCCUGUCCACUUCCUUUACAUGUGUCACAAUGCUUUGAGGAGAGUAAUAGCCGUCCCUCAAUUAAUCGUCUCCCUCAAAUGAUCGCCCCCCUUUGAUGGAAAUAUUUAAAAUAAUCGCCGCCCUCGAAUAAUCGCCCCACCCCACCCCUCUCGCCAGUUUUCUCUUUCUUUUAUUCCCUCCCUGUGUUGAAAUGGAAUCAGAUCCAGCAAAAGUGAUCAGUGACUAUUCAAGCUCUGAAAACUAAUCAAGGAACCAAAAUUGGAACACUUAAGGAACACUUAAGAAAUGUUCAGUUUAUUUGAUGUGAUAAUUUUUUGAUUUAAUGGGAUAAUAAAACACAAUAUUUAGGGCACGACUGCCAGUGGCAAUCUUUGAAAUAAUCGCCUCCCUCGAAUAAUCGCCUUGCCUCAAAUUAUCGCCCCCAGCUAUUAUUCGAGGAAAUAUAGUAAAAGAAUAGGAACUUUUUCAUAGAGAUAAGUGGCAAGGUAUUCUGAAGUUAAACCCAAUAACAGACUUUACCAACAAAAAAAAUAGCUUCUUUGAGCUGCUUACAGUGGAUAUAACAGGCUCCUAUGUUUUAUUUAAUUAUUUAGGUUGCUGGGACAUUAUCCAAAGAUAAAUGUGUAGCUAUUAAACUGGAUCAUAAGAGGUGAGAAGAAACAUUAUAUAAAUUCUUCACCUGCAAGAAGAACUAAAUUUACUUUUCAACCUUUUAAGUAACAACCACCAAGUAAUAUAUACAUUUCUCCUGUAUUUAAAGUGAUUUAAUAACACUGGACUGCAAACAUGGCGUCUAGCACACAUUUGUCAUAUAUUAUUUUAUUACUAUUAGAUCUAUACUAUUCAAAUUUUCAUUUUGUUUAUUUUGUUGCUUCUCUUAAUCCAAUUUAGUGAGGACUGCAAUCAGUUUUCUAAGCUCUGUAUCCUUUUACAUUUACACUUCUCGGUAGAAUGUGAACUGCUGAAUGUAUGUAAAUAAAUACAUUUUUUCCCUCGUACUACAUGUGAUUUGCAGGUGUAAAUGUGUUUACAGACCUUAUGUCACAUCUGAACUCCUGCAAAGCAAACCCUCUACCUUUUAUGCCAUGUAACAUAAGUUACAACACACAGCAUUCUGCUCAGAUUAAUGAUUACUGUUAUUGUUGCUCAUCUCUAUUUUCCAGAAGCCACAACCCAAACUUUAAAAUAGUUUAAACAGCUGAUAUUGUCUACCACAACAAGACAAACUGUUGCCUAAAAUGAAAAACUUGUUGAGUUUUCCCCUGUCACUUUUUAGCUGUCUCUAUAAUAUAGACACUUUGGUUAUAUACAAAUCCUUAACAGCGUUAAAAGACCCCAUUGUAUGUAUCCCUGUCACAUACUUUAUUGGUGAAAAUGGUUUACCUUUAGAAGUUAUCGGUGGAGACCUCCCAGUUGAUGACUUUGUUUCCAGAGCUAACAAGGCAUUAGAGGUACUACAUGUAACAGUACAUAGCAAUACAAACACAGUACAAAACGGCCUUGCAUGUUUGCAAAUUAUACAGUAAAGUCAGGCUUGAUAGUGUGAUUGUCAAACUUUAAAAUAACACUGCUUGUUUCUGUGAUCAAAUCAUGGCUGCUGCUUCCUCUGUUAGCAAGAGAAAUUAUGUUUUCAUUUUGUAUCAUAUUUGUGUGUGGUUAUUAUACAGUGAUUUCUAUAUUAUUAGUUAUAAAGAAAAAUUAGUAAUGCAUUAUAAGUUAUGAGCUUUCAAGAAAGCUAUAACUUUGACAUACAUAACAUUCUCUAUUGAAUGCCAUUUUAGACUCACCAAAAGUCAAGACCAAUUAUUAAUAAUAGCACAAUAACACCCACAUCCACCAACAGCGUACUUCAUGCAAGUCCAGACAUUUCUAGUUCAAAUCAACAUUUUGUGGACCAAGAACAGCCCGCAAGACAAGAGACAACAAGUGAAGUACCAGCUGUCCCAGGACCAUCACAGGUGAAUAUUAACGCCAUUUUUUCUGUCUUAUCAAGAUUGCUGUUGGAAUUGUAACCUGUUAAGUACUUUGUUUUGUUUAGUGGGUUGCAACAAAUGUCAUUGACCUAUGGUAGGGCGGGCUCCUUAUAAAGCCUAUGUGAAGACUCAUUCACUUUUGUUUGCUAACCCUAAGCCCUAAUAACUAAACUUUAAUGCAAACUUAUGCUACAUUGUGUAGAUGUCAUAAGAUGUCUGACCUCCUUCAGGUUGAUGUAACUUUUUCUUCACCUGUUUAUUAAAUCUGUCUUUAAUAAAAAUGAAACUUUACACAACACUCUUGGCUAAUCACUUUCAUUGGGGUUUUCUUUCAAGUCUUACAGGAAAUGUGGUUGAAGGUUUUCUUGAUUUGUUUGGACUUCUAUGCAGAUGUUUUAGAAAUAACAGUGUGUUUUUUUUUCCCAGGAACCCACUAACAGCAGCAACCAGGAGAAGUCCUUAAAUGAAAGAGUUCAAAGGUUGGAUAUUUAACGGAUAGACAUUACAUUAUUCAUACUGUACAGGCACAGAUCCACACUGGUUUCCAUCGUUUUAAGAAAAUCGAUCAAAUUUUCCACAAAUAAAUAUAUUUUUAAUGGAACUUUCUCAGGGUGCAAAGAAAGUCAGUUUUACAGCUUGCCAUUCGGGCAAGCUGUAGCUAGCAUGUACUAGCCCAAAAGUCAUUUCAACUAGCCAGAAAAUAUUUGAUGAGCAAGUGAUUACAUUAUUCUGUAAUUUGAAUUUGCCCCCCAAAAAGUCACUUGCCUAUCAGGCAAGUUAAGAACAGCAUUCACUAGUCUGACAGCAAAAUCUACUAGCCCCAGGCUAUUGGACCUAAGGGACCGGUCAUUAUUUAUGUGGGGGGGGGGGGGGGGGGGGGGGUUUUUUUUUUUUUUUNGUGACCCAACCCCAUCCCCCUUCAAUCUAUACCUCUACAGUCAAACUACCUGACGCGUGAACACCUAGACAUCAUUAUUGAUUUCAUUAAUUGAUUAUUGAAAAAAUAAGUUUUGCAAUAUUCAAAUCGAAACCAGUUUAAAAAAAUUUCCUCCUUUAAACAAAAAAUAGUAAUUCAUUCAAAAAAACGAAUUUUCAAACUAUUUUUGAUUUGAAAAUUGGAAAAAUUUGAUUUCACUAAAUUGAGUAAUGAAUUCAAUAAUCCAUUAUUGAAACUAAUAAUGAUUUCUAGCUGUUCACGCUUCAGGUAGUAAAAGUUCCCAGACAGUUAUGUUAAGAAAAGGGAGCAUGCAAGCCUUCUCAAUAAGGGCUUAUGUUUAUUUAUUGAUAUUUAGUGCCCACAUCUUUGAAUCUCCACACUUAGAUUGGAUUGCUAGAUAUGACAUCCAGUUGUGUUAUAUUUUAUGUCCAGCAUUGCAUUAGAAUUUAUUUAGAUCUUCCACAUGAAUUGUAGUGAGUGUGAUUCUUUACAAAACACACACAAUGACCCACCCCUUUUCUCUAAAAAAAAUAGGCCUGGCCCACCCCAUGAUUUUUCCCCCCCACCCCCCCACAUAAAUAAUGACCGGUCCCUAACUUUCUUUGUACGCUGUUUCCAUGUUAAAAUCUGGCCGAUAUCCUAUCUGAAUGACUCAGAAACCCAGGAAAGGUGACUUUAGGGAGUUAAAAUCCAAAAUAUUUCACAGGCGUGCAUGCCACCAGACCCCCCUAGAAGCUUGUGACUUCAGCACUAGUUUAGGAAAUCAGUUUGUAUUUAUCCUAGAUCCACACCUGACAUGUUUACAGUUUGUAGAACAACUGCAUCAACAAUACCUCUAAGACUCUUUCACAGACCCUCCUCUCCUCUGGAAAUUCCACCUAAAUUUCUUACAUUUCUUUUACUUUUUGAUGCCCCCUCCUUCCCCAGGAAAUUCCAAUCUCUUCUGUGGGGAAAGGUGGGAGGGGGGGGAAGGGGGGGCUAUGAAUAUGUUGUUACAAUAUGAAAAUAUCUUAACAAGCUAUUAAUAUGAUUUUUUCAUUUCAAUGUGACUAAAUUAUAUCACGUGAGCAGAGUCUGCUUUUUUGCGAUAUACACCGUAUAAGUAGCCUCUGCCGACCACCAUCCUACAUUGUAAAUUUAUUGUGUUUGGGCAAGUUUCUUGAGCGUACUAUGGUGUGUUUUCUUUAGUCCGAAAUAAAUGCAAUCCUGUUUUGUUGAUUUUCCCUUUUCUGUUUACCUGUUUAGAGCAAAAGAUCUUAUUGAAAGAAGAAGACAAGAAAAAGAAGAGCAAGAAAAUCAAGUAAGUUUGGAGGCCACUAGAUCCACAAAAUUAGCUGGGAAAGUGCCCUUGUGGUUUAUUAAAUAAGUCUGAAAAAAGGCAUGCUACACGUCAACAUCCAAAUUGCUUCCUUUGCAUUGUUAUCCACACUACUAUUUAAUAAUUAUUCCUCAAGCCCGAAUGAGCUCUGAGUCAAUAGCCCUUGAGGCCAAAGGCUGAAUGGGUUAUUGACUCAGAGGCCACGAGGGCAAGAGGAAUAAUUGUUUUAGUAAAAUCCAACUAGUUGCAGUGCUCGACUUUCAGAAAAAAAUCUUGGGGCCAACGGGCCCCCAAGUUUUCAUUUUUGGUCGCCAGAACAAGUAUUCUAGUCACCAAAAAUUAUAUUUAAGAACUAAUGGGAUAAAAUAAACUUAACAUCUUUAACUUAGCCUUAACAGAAAAUGAAUGGUUUAGACUUCCUUUGAACUUGCUUUCGAAUGGUUUUCGCUGACGCUCGAUUACCAGCCGGUGUUCUGUAAAAUGAAUCCGCACUCAAGCGUAAAUCUCCUCAAACAGGUAUUCAAGCUUAAGGUUCAGGAAAUGGAAUACACAUUAAAAAAACAACAUUUAGGAAUCACAAAAAAACUUAUUUGGGUUAUGAAAGAACAAAAUCUGCAAAAUUUGUUUUGCGUCCCAUGUAUUUGCAUGUUCAGAACUGAACAUCGGUGAAACUUCAUCUAUUGCGCGGUUGCCUAACACGUGAUCGAAAGUCUCCAGAAAGACCAGAAAGAGGAAACGUUGCUAAUGUUUUCGGGCAAAGAAGUUGAUUUCGCGAGAAGUCUGUUAGACAAACAGCAUAACUUCAACUUUACUUAAUUAGAAGUCAAUAAAAUACGGCAGAGCUUUUAUUUGCGUCGUCACGCUCAACAGAAAUUUGCGUAAAGUUGUUUACAAUAAUUGCGAAGCUCGAGAAGUAAGCGCUGUUCGUUCUCGAUUAGCUUCGAUUAGCUUGAGCUUUUAUCAGACUAAUCUGUUAUCGAGUCCGCAAUCGAGAUACAUGUUCGACAUAAAGAAAUUGUUUUAAAUAUCGAUGCGCUGAAAGUCAUUCCUGGAGAAACAUGGGACGAUUUGUUGAGAAUUGCGAUCGAUUUGUCCGAAAGUCGAUUAAAGUCUUCCGUCGAAUUAAUUCAUUUCACAAUCCUCUUUCAAGUAAACGUAGAUAAGAGUGUUGGAAGAAAUCGUUUAAGCCUUUAGACAAAUCAUUAAAACGUUUAGACAAACCUUUAGAGCGUUUGGGCAAAACGUUAGAGCGUUAGAAAAACCGUUAGCUAUCCGUUAGUUGUGUAAAGGAUAACAAAUUAUCAUUAGUGUACGUUUACCCAAAGAAGAAAGUCACCUAUCUUGGGGGCCAGGUUGGCGACCAGGCGUGAAAAUUUAGUCGCCACUGAGCAAAAGCUGGUCGCAUUGGCGACCCCACGGGUCGCAACGUCGAGCCCUGAGUUGGUCAAAAGAAUGGAGAAUAAAAAAAUUUAGCUAGUUAAAGCUAGACUUUAAUCCUUUUUGGCUGCCAAAAAGCCCACGCUUUUCGCUACUAGUGGGCUAUAGCCUAGUAGUAGCUCAACCAAUCGGAACACAGCAUUGAAAAUAGACCACUAGUUGGAUUUUACUAAUAACUAAUAGCUUUAGUUAGUUUCUGAUUUCUUAGUGUGUGUACGCUUACAGGAGUUUUGACUUAAGUAUGGAAAGACAAAUGACCCAGCCAAAUAUGAAUUAUAAUUUAUUUAUUUAUUUAUUACAGAUUCACCCCACUGCAUAACAAGCAAAUAAUGAAAUGAAAUAAGCUAACACUACUUUAACAAACAAACAAACGAAGAAAAAAAAAAAAAAGUUGUGGAGAAGGAGAUAACCAAAAGCACCAAUGCGCCAUACUAGGGAUGUCCCCACUAAUUAACAUUAACACAAGAAAAAUAUAUACAAAUAGAAAUAUAAAUGUUCUAGUUAUCCUUAAUAAACCUUAACACACUUCUUUUAAAAGUUGCAAUACUGUUUGAUUCUCUAAUAUGAUUGGGUAAACCAUUCCAUUCAUCUACAACACGGUUAAAAAAACUAUAUUUAAAACCAUCAGAACCAAAUUGAGCUUCCAUCAAGCGACCAUCCUCUAUUAAGAGACCAGUAAUCAUAAUGACAGAAAAGACUAGUGUAGGCAAUUAAACCUCUGUCAACAAGAGUUAUCCUAUUCUUGUCACCUCUAUUAAGCGGCUUUCAAGCUCCUGGUAUUAUGUUGGAAAAUACAGUCUGAGAUAGGUGACGACUGAUUGUGGACCAGUAAAGCUGCUCCCCAAAAUUGCAUCGGUUUGUUUCAAACUCAGGUCAUGUUUCUGCUAAAGAUCAUGCUAAUUUAUGACGAACCUCUUUUGAAGGACCACUUGCUGUCACCUCAAGUAGGACUUGAAAUUAAUGUUUUGAAUAACUAACCCUUGGGUUAGUGGGCAUAAAUUUUACUAACCAAAUUAUAAAGUUUAUUAGCCAAGAAUUUGUUCUUGAAAUAACAAGAUUUUCACUAUUGAAAGUAGUGCUAAUAAAUGGGGCAGACUAAUGUGUGGAUGGAUUGGUUCAAAUUACAUGAUGAUCUGCAAAACAAAAUAUCCAGAAGAUUUAAUGCUCAUUUACAUUUUCCUUUCAAUUACGUUACGCAAGGGCAGGGAAUUCACCAUAAACACUGCAAAACGUUGUUUCUUUAGACUCAUCGAACUGCAGCCAAGUGAAUGCCUUUUUCUAUUCUUGGCGGAAAGUUCUUUCUUACUGUACUUAUUAAACAAUUUCUCCCUGAAGUUUUGGACAUAUCUGUAAGUGAAUAUUUUUUAAUAUCAUAUUUACCAGCUAAGUAAAUUCUUAUUUCAGGAGGCCAAAAAGAAGGAAAGUGACCGACGAAAUCUUGGACAAGAGCUGGCAAAAGCCAAGCGUGAACGUGAGGAGAGGCAAGCCCAAGAUAUUGUUAAUCAAAUUAAGGAAGACAGAGCUAAGGAGCGUGCACACAGGGAAGCUGUGCGACAACAGAUUGCACGAGACAGAGCUGAGAGGGAGGCAAGGAGGCAGAAUGAGCUGCAAGAAAGACAGCGUUUAACUCAAGCUGCUGCUACUUCUUCAGCUCCUUCUCCUGUCGCCUCAGGAGGCAGUGACAGGUAAAACAACGCUGAUUGGCUUUUACGAAAAUCAUGUUUAGGAACUGAGCGGUUAAGAAUUAAAUGGAAGAAGGUCAUUGCAGUUAUAGACGCAACUUUUGCAGUUGCGAAAAGAAAGCCCGGAAAAAAUUCAAAACUCGGACGGGAUUCGAACCCUUGACUUCUGCGAUAGUAUACUGGUGCAGCGCUCUACCAGUUGAGCUAACGAGCCAACUAGGAACAGGUUAGUUAAUAUGCCAACUGAUUGGCUAGUUAAUCCAGUGCAUCGAGGCUUCUCUUAUUGACUGAUGACAGACUGUUUUACAUUACUCAUGUAGCCUUGU